CCUCCGCGGCCUCCUUCACAGCUUGUCUUCCACCCUCCCCGGUCCGUCCCAAAGCUUCUCCUCUUUCCGCGUCUGCCACUCGUCCCUCCUGGAUCAGUGAGUCCCGGAGUGCAAGAUCCGGCCUUUUUAGCUGCUUGUGGUGGCGGUAGUUGGUUUCUGGGGAGUUGCACCACCGGGAAGGGGAGCAGGAGGCGCGCGAGGAGGGUUGGUGCUGGGGCUGCGGCGGCGGAGCUGCUGCUGCUGCCGCCGCGAUGGACUCCGGCAACAGCGGGAGCCUCCAGUCGUCCAGCGGCGGCGACGACGAGUUCGACUCGCGGGGCGGGGGAGGAGGAGGGGGCGUCGACUCCUCCCCGCUCUCCGCGCUGCUCCGCCCGUCGCCGUCCCCCUCGGCCGCCGCGUUCUCCCUCCACGGGUCCUACUUCGGCCUCCAAGAGUUCACGUCCGCGCCGCCUCAGCAGCAGCAGGCGGGGGCGUGGUCGGGGGCGUCGGGGGCGUUGGCCGGCGCCUCGGGUCUGUCCACGUCGUCCUCGCCGCGCGUCGCGCACACCGACGCGGGCGCCCAGGGUGCUGACACGGCCGUGCCGGCGGCGCAGGGGCAGGGGCAGGGGCAGCGGGCCGGGGUGGGCGCGCCCGCGCCGGCUCAGCCGCCCAGGGGAUCGCGGAAGCGAACGCGCGCGUCGCGGCGGGCGCCCACGACGGUGCUCACCACCGACACCUCCAACUUCCGCGCCAUGGUGCAGGAGUUCACGGGCAUCCCGUCCCCGCCCUUCGGCGCGGGCGUCGGGGUCGGGCUCGGGGGCCCCGCCGCGUCGCUCCGCACCCGCUUCGACCACAUCUUCCCCCCGCCGUCCUCCCUGCGCUCCGCCGCCGGCGGGGACGCCGCUGCCUCGCUGCCGCCGUACCUCCUCCGCCCAUUCCCGCACAAGCUCCCGACCGCGCCCUCCACUUUCCCGCCCUUCACGUCGUCGUCCUCGACUUCGUCAUCGACGCCGUCCUCGUCCAACAUCGGCGCCGCCAAUGCCAAUGCGGCGACGGGCACGGCCACCACCGCAGCAGCGUCGUCCAACCCUGUGGCCCCGACACCGGCGCCCGGAGAGGGCGACGCCUUCCAGCAGCUGACGUCCUCGGCGCUCCUCCGGCUGCAGCAGGACGCCAGCAGCUACCUCUCCUUCCAGAACCUCCUCGACUCGCAACCCUCGUCGCAGUCCAUUUUCGGCGCGGCGGGCGGGUUCGCGCAGUCGUCGCGGCUGCACGAUCCGGCGCAGUCGCUGUCGGAUUUCCUGGCCGGCGCCGGCUCCAGCAGCCUCGGGCUCACCCACGGCGGACUCCUGGGCGGCUCCGAGGGGCUGCACUUGCACCACUCACGGAGCGACGUCCACGGCCACGGCGGCGGCGACGAGCUGUCGGGCGUGGUCGCCGCCGGCGCGUCGGGCGGCAGCUGCAAGCUGAACUACUCGUCCCACGCCGGCGCGGUGGCGACCUCGUCAUCGGCUGCCGGCGGCGCGGACAAGCCACCGGACGGCGGCGGCGACGGCGGCGCGCCCGGCCGGCCCGGGCGCGGCGACGGGCUCGACCCUUGGAUUUGUACAUCGGAGUAGGGAUGCAUGCUGGGGCCGCUUCGUCCUGUGAGCUGCUACGGCUACGGCGAGACGAAGCAUGCCGAAUCCGCCAUGCAGGACAAACAAAGCUAAGGUCUGAUUAGCCUUUUUAGCCUCAUACCUUUUGCUACUUAUUAAUCACUUCUUUCCUGAGGCAGUUAUUCGUAGCCUCCCUUUCUUGUACAUUAAAGACCUCAUCGUCUUGCCUCGGCUCCAUGCAUCCCACUUAGAUUCUCCAAUUAAUCGCGCGCGAUUUAAUUAGACGCGCGAAUGAAAUAAUGUCGCAGAGAUA